CUUGCUUCAUUCUGAGAGACAGAAAAGAGUUGAAGAUUACGAGAGAGCGAGGCAGGUUGAUGGAUUUUCCCCAGAAUGAAGGGGCUGGCUCUCAGCCUCCAGCUGCCUUCAAACAAGCACACUUCUUAAGGGAUGUGAUCUUUCAUGGAAAACUUCAGCUCCUGAAGUCUCCCGAGGAGAACACACGAUGCCGGCGGGGUCUGUAUUUCCAGGAUGGUAUGAGGCGGGUGGACUACAUCCUCACUUACCACAUCAAAAAGAGCAGCAGUUCCCGGCAGCACACAUCUCUCCUCAGAGACAACGCCUUCACCCGCACCCUGCGGAGGGGUCGAGCGCAACCUGCGCCCGCAGCCAGAGAGGAGACUAAAGCCGGCUCGCCCAACCUCUGCAUGGACCACCACGAUGACGACAAGUGCUUAUGGCGCGAGGAGUUCGAGAGUAACCUGGUGGAGAUGGGCCUGGAGCUGGAACGGGAUGAGGAGGUACAUGUGAUGGAGCCUGCAUUACUGCUCCGCAAGGCUUUUGUUUGCUGGAGGUUUGUUUUAUCUUUUGGCUGAGCUUAGCUGUUUUACCAUGAAAAAAGGCCACAAAAGACACAUUGUCGUGUCACGCUGCAUGUGUGAGCUAGUGUGCUGUUAUACUGAAUAUCAUCAUGGCUGUGAUGGAGCCGUAGACAAAGACUACAAGGUUUUUUUUGUUUUGUUUUUUGGAGUGUUUAUUUACACUUGGCACAGGCUAUUUACACUAACUCCAGCCACCAACAUGUGACUGGGAUAGUUAACACUACAAAGGAUGGUAAUUAAGUAACAACUCCAGUAACUUCAUUGGUAAAGCGUGUGUCAAAGUAAUUUUUGACACAAUCAACCCAAGUUCGAAUCCGCCUUUUGCCAAACUUUUUUUCCUCCCUUUUCAAGUCUCACAUCACAUUUGAAAGGCAUUUAUUUUCAAUAAAAAUAAAGCAAAUG